UUAUUAGUUAUUUACUCACAUGGUUUUAAAGCCGGCCAAUUUUCUCUUUCAACUCUAACAUCUUCAAAUUCCAAUUUGCCAUAAGACAACAAUAAGCGAAUGGGUUCAGCCAAAGCUUUCAAAUUGAAGUACAUUACUUUAUAAUGAGGCAUCUUUGGAUUACUGAUAUAUUUUAUUUUGCCCGGAAUAUUAAAUUCAAAACGUCUAACUCAACUGAGAAUAGAACUCGAC